AGUGUUCCAAAAAAUCUUCUUCUACAAGAUCACUAUUACCUUUCAAAGACGAUGGCCAUUGCAACACAAGUAGCCUUGAACUCUACAUCUAUGAUCUUGAACUCAACAUCAACGAUCUUGAACUCAACAUUCACGAUCUUGAACUCGGCACGAGUAGCCUCAAACUCUUCAAGAGCUAUCACCUCUGCCCCUGUCGCGCCCCGAAUUUUGCAGCAGACACCACGAAGGGCCUCACGCGAAUCUAUCACUACGGCCGGCGAAGCUCCAGCCACUGGAUCACUGCCACCGCCUCACAGCACAUCUCCGCCGGCCGACACCAUCUCGAUCCCACCACCGGCGUAUACUACAAAUUCGCACGACAUCACCGAGAAUCAACCACCACCCCCUUACACAAGUUGCGCAUGCAGUCAUCAACCCAGGCCGCUGCGUCUCAGCCAGGAUUAUGAUGUCGAGGCCAAUCGUUCUGAACUCGCGCAGACGCGGAGGUCGAGACGAAAAAUAAGUUUUCGCACCGUGUGGGCAAUAGUCUGCUUCAUUUUCACUUCGUGUCUGGCCAUGUUGGCGAUUUGUUUGGGGAUUUUCUUUUAA